UGUGGCUUUCAUUUUCCCUCUAGAUCUGAGUUCCUCUCUCUAUGUUUUCUGUUUAUGUUUCUCUCUCUAAAAAUAAUCUAAUACAAAACAUCAUCAUCAUCACCACCGUCAUCAUAAUAAUUAUCAAUCAAGCCAAAUAGCUAUCCAUUUUCCACCAUUUCUAGAGAGCCAUCCCUCAAAUUUUCUCCUUUCUCUGUUCGAUCUUCCCCAAAUUAAAAAGUUUCCAUUUCCAAAAAACACACACACACACACACUUUCUCUAUUCAUGUAUGUUUCAUUCUUGGCUUAAUUUUUUCAUUAGCUUCUGAAUUCUCGUCACUUCCUCCUCGUUUUCCUGUAUUGUGAUCGAAGAUCAGAAGAAGACUCUUCCCAAUUCUCUCUCUCUCUUUCUCUCUCUAUAUAUAUAUUAUAUUUGUGGUGGGUAGGGUAGAUAAUUGAGGGAUUUGUUGUGAAUGGAAGAGAAGGAAUUGGAAUGAAAAGGGACAAAGUCAAAAGGGUUUGCACAGAAAAAUGCUGUAUUUGAAGCAACCAAGCUGUGUGAUGAUGGCUUCUUCUCUAUGUUGGGGACAGAGGUGAUUUUUUCUAUCGAUUGAAUGCGCGUGUGAUUGGUUCCCGAGCCAGAGGCUCGGGAUCUGAACCCACCACCACCAACACCGUCCAACGCCCUACAAUGGCGUCGGAGAACGAAGACGAACCCACCCCCUCCUCUCCUGCUGCUGCGUCACCGCUUUCACCUCCACCUGCGCCUCACGGCUAUAUGCAGAAAUUCAGGCUCUACGAGACUCAAUCGCAAUUUUAUAUGAUAGGACGGGAUAAGAGUAGAACAUAUUGGAGAGUGUUAAAGAUUGAUAGGUCAGAGCCUUCUGAGCUAAAUAUUCGUGAAGAUUCUACCACCUAUACAGAGAGUGAAUGCUGUGACCUGUUGAGAAGGAUACAUGAGGGAAACAGGUCCACUGGGGGACUUAAAUUUGUCACCACUUGUUACGGAAUUGUUGGGUUCAUUAAAUUUCUGGGUCCUUACUACAUGCUGCUUAUCACAAAAAGAAGGCAGAUUGGUGCAAUUUGUGGCCAUAACAUAUAUGCUGUCUCUAAAAGUGAGAUGAUUCCCCUUCCAAAUUCUACUGUCUAUGGCAACAUGGCUAGUGCCAAGAAUGAAAACAGAUAUAAGAAGCUCCUAUGCAUGGUGGAUCUUACAAAGGACUUCUUCUUCAGCUAUUCAUACCAUGUUAUGCGUAGUCUUCAAAAGAACGUGUGUGAUAAUGAGGCUGGGCAGGUCCUCUACGAAACCAUGUUUGUUUGGAAUGAAUUCUUGACUCGUGGAAUCAGAAAUAUUCUCCAGAAUACUUUUUGGACAGUUGCAUUAGUGUAUGGGUUUUUUAAACAGGCUACAUUUUCUAUAUCUGGUCGGGACUUCAAACUGACUUUAAUUGCUAGGCGUUCACGGCAUUAUGCGGGUACCAGGUACUUAAAACGAGGUGUUAAUGAGAAGGGCAGAGUAGCUAAUGAUGUCGAGACCGAACAGAUUCUGUUUGAGGAUGUUCCUGAAGGGUGUCCUCUGCAAAUUACUUCUGUUGUUCAAAACCGUGGCUCAAUCCCACUUUUCUGGUCGCAGGAAACUUCACGCCUGAAUAUUAAACCUGAUAUUACAUUGUCAAAGAAGGACCAAAACUAUGAGGCCACCAGACUUCAUUUUGAAAAUCUUGCCAAGAGAUAUGGAAACCCUAUAAUUAUUUUAAAUUUGAUUAAGACGCAUGAAAAAAAGCCUCGAGAGUCCAUUCUUCGUGCAGAGUUUGCUAAUGCAAUUGAAUUUAUUAAUAAAGAUUUAUCAGAAGAGAACCGCCUUAAGUUCCUUCAUUGGGAUUUACACAAACAUUCUCGGAGAAAAGCUACUAAUGUUCUGCUACUGUUGGGCAAAGUGGCUGCAUAUGCGUUGACACUAACAGGGUUCUUUUAUUGUCAAGUGACACCAGCCUUGAGAUCUGAGGGGUAUGUAAAUUGGCCUUGUAUUGAGAAUGUUGAUGCUGGUGACCAGUCUCUUGCCAGAGAUUGCAACGUUGACACUGAGGAAAAUGGCAACAGUGAGGAUGCUGAUUAUUUAGAGAGGAAACUUUGUGGAGGUAACAAUGUGGCUAAUGGAAAUCAUUCUGUCAAGCCGCCCAUGUUCCAGAAGGGGGUGCUCAGGACAAAUUGCAUAGACUGUCUGGAUCGUACAAAUGUUGCACAGUAUGCAUAUGGGCUGGCUUCCCUUGGAAAACAACUUUGUACUCUAGGAGUCACAGAUACCGUAAAGAUAGACCUUGAUGACCCUCUGGCUGAUAAAUUAAUGGGGUUCUAUGAGAGAAUGGGUGAUACACUUGCGCACCAAUAUGGUGGCUCAGCUGCCCACAACAAGAUAUUCUCUGAGCGAAGGGGUCAAUGGAAAGCUGCAACUCAAUCGCAGGAAUUCUUUAGAACGCUUCAACGGUACUAUAGCAAUGCCUACAUGGAUGCAGAGAAACAAAAUGCGAUUAAUGUAUUCUUGGGGUAUUUCCAGCCACAAGAGGGUAAACCUGAACUCUGGGAGCUAGAUUCUGACCAGCAUUACAAUGCAGGGAGAAAUGGGAUAACAAAAUUGGUUGACAAUGGAAGGUCAUUUUUCAAAAGAUCCUUAUCUGAUGGAAAUAUUCUUCGUGAAAGCCGCUCACCCAUGUCCAACACGAAAAUCAAGCAGGACCUGUCUAACUCUGCCUUGUUAGAUGAUCAAUCAGGAGGAGGAAGCAAAGGUUUGUGUGAAUCAAGUCCAGAAAUAUCUGCUUGUGAAAGCGAGCUGACAAUUUCAAGGUCUGCUUGCCCCCCUCUAUCUCUACUGUUUCAUUUGAGGUAUCCUUCCUCGGUACCUCGUAGGCAGCUUUUUGCAGAUAUGCAAAGAGACAGAUUCCUUGACAAUGAUCAAGGGGAUACAAGCUCAAACUUUGUUGAUCUAGACUUGUUAUCUUCCUCUGGUAAUUCUUGUGAUGAAGAGUUAUAUGAGAGCUCAAUGCUCAUUAGUUCUCCAAUUGCGGGAGUGUCAUCGGAGAAUGUCAUUAACGGGAUAAUGGGAGACAUGACUCCAUCUACCAGCGAAAAUGGAUCCAGCAUGAAGGAAAGGGAGCAAACAGGAACAGAGCUAUCCUAUGAUGAUGCCCAGAAUUUCGAAGGUCUCCAAGAAUUUUCUGCUAGUUUUGUGCGCUGGGUGACCUACGGAGAGACACUCUGCAUUUGAGUCUUAGCUUGUUUUCCCCUGCAUGCAGUUCUUAUAUUUCUUCUUGCUCAGCCCCGACCUGUCCAAUGCAUGCCCUUUUGUGGAGGAGUGAAUGCAUAGAAGCAUGGGGACAGUAGUCGAAAGAAAGGAAAAGAAGCCGGUGGUACUGUAGCUGGAUAAGUUUCGUAUGAGAACAAUUUUCCUCUCGUGUAUGACUUGCAGCAUUGAUUCAAUAGCAUGAACAUUGGUCAGAAACUGAUAAGAAAAGAGUAAAUAGCCAACAGUUUUAAGAUUCUUUUAGGAGCUGUUAUUUUUUCCUUUGUAUUUGGGAAGUUUAUGCACUUGGUAGUUUUUGGUGUUGUAAAUAUAUAUAUAUAUAUAUAAAUACUCAUGGGGGUACUCCUCUGUUUACCGUUUUAGGUUAUUGUUGAUUCUUUAAACACCAUUCAUGUGUUUUGUUUGGACACUUUUAACUCGCAAUGAAGUUUGUAUCAUAUUCUCAUA